AUGACCAGUGUGGAAGAUCUUGUUUCGGACCCGUCUCAACACGUGCGUGCAGCUUUGGGUACCCAAAUCAGUGGCCUUGCGCCACUGCUUGGCAAGGACGAGACGAUUGCCCAUCUUCUUCCGAUGUUCCUCCAGAUGCUCAAGGAUGAAUUCCCUGAUGUCCGCCUGCACAUUAUCUCUAAGUUGGAGCUGGUCAACAAUGUCAUCGGCAUUGAACUCCUCUCUCAGUCGCUUCUCCCCGCCAUUGUCCAACUGGCUGAAGACAAGCAAUGGCGAGUUCGCCUCGCAAUCAUUGAGUAUAUCCCUCUUCUUGCCAGCCAGCUGGGAGUCAAGUUCUUCGAUGAACAGCUCAGCGACCUCUGCAUGGGCUGGCUUGGUGACACCGUUUUCUCCAUCCGUGAGGCCGCUACGCAAAAUCUGCGGAAGCUCACGGAAGUAUUCGGCGUUGAUUGGGCUAAGGGGUCCAUUAUUCCUAAGGUCAUGGCGAUGGGACAGCACCCCAACUACCUGUACAGAAUGACGACAUGCUUCGCUAUCUCGACCCUUGCGCCCGUUGUCUCUCUGGACAUCAUUGAAAACUCGAUACUCCCCAUCAUGGACAGACUCGUGGCCGAUGAGAUUCCGAACAUCCGCUUCAACGUUGCCAAGUCCUACGCAGUAUUGAUUGACACAAUGCGCCGCCUCCCGGCGGAGGGCACCUUGACGGACCUGGAGAAGUCGGGCAAAACCGCAACUCAAUCGCCACGCAGCCAGGACCUCAUCCAGCAGCGGGUUCUCCCGAGCUUAGAGAAACUGCAACAGGACGAGGAUGUUGACGUUCGGUACUUUGCAACGACUGCCGCAGGCGGCCACGAGGAGGUGAUGCAGACUUCGCCGUGA